UUCUCAGAAGAAUGCGAUCGUACGCGUCUUAAAUUACUUUUUUGCCGGCUAAAGUACCCUGACAAACUCAUUAACUCUACUAUCUCACGCUUUAUUGCCACAAAAGUUUCUGAUCAACCUGUUUCAUCACACGCGGCUGUUUCUGAUUCAUCUGAGCAUAUUAUUGUUAUUUUACCAUUUAAAGACCAGUCCUCAGUUGACAUUGUUCGAUAUCAAUUUCAGGAUUUGAGUCACAAAAUUCACACAACCGUGUCUCUAGUGUUUCUCCGCCAAAAGAUGGAACGCGAUCUUAAAAUGCGAGAAGCUAAGCCACCUCUUCUCAACCAGCAAUGUCUUGUUUACAAAUUUGAAUGUGACCUGUGCGAUGCAGGUUAUGUUGGUUACACAUCUCGCCACUUACACCAGCGAACUGAGGAACAAAAAAGCGCAAGUUCAUCCAUCGGCCAGCACUUUCAUGUUAAACAUUCUUCAGCACCUAAAGAUCUUAAUAAUAAUUUUAUCAUUUUAAAGAAGUGUAAAAGCAAAUUUGACUGCCUGAAGUUUGAAAUGUUUUUUUAUGAA